AUGCUUCGACCCCUGUACAGCGAUGUUGCGGGCACAACCCAAAGAAGCUGGGGCGUUUUCUGGGCAAGCGCCCUCAGAGAUGCACCGCCACUUCCCGCAGCGGUGCGGGCGGCAGUGCCCGAGGAGGGCGGCUUCGUAGUGCGACCUCUGACAAAGCCGUUGCCUCCGGAGGUCCUCUGCGUACAGAACAAGGGUCGAUGUCUCUUGGCACCACGGCGUGAGGUUCAUGCGGAACUGGGCUUUCCUGAACCCGCUUUGAUCAGCAACGAGGUGUUUGCGGAGGUCCGAUAUGGCUUAGCUCCUUCCGUGGUGCAGCGCUUGGACUUCGAAGACAUCCGAGAAGGGACGCUGCGUCUCUUCGCAAUCCCUGGCUUCGAAGGGGAUGUGCGAGUCGUGACUGUUGUGGAUGAGACGGCAGCCACGGAAGUUCUGGCACAGAUCGGGCACGCUGGCAUGCUAGGCAAUGCAGGUUUGCAGAGGAAGAGGCUUUCAGAGUUUCUCCAUGCCGCAGCGGCAUCUCCUUCGGCAGCCAAGUGGCCGACAACAGCAGAGGUAACAUCCGGUGACUUCGCCGAGAGCCUGUUGCAGAGGCCUGCACCAGAAGUGCGUGGUGCGGCGGCGGAUGAAAGUGGGCUCUUCCCUCACCAGGUUGCCACAGUGACAUGGAUGCAAGGCAUCGAGCAAAAAGGAGCCCAGUGCUUGCAGGUGGCGCCGUUGCGUUUCGCAGGUACCAGCCUGGGAUCCUCGUACGAUUUGACCCUCCCAUGUGGGGGUGUAGUGGCACACCCGCCUGGUUCAGGCAAAACGCGUAUUGUGGCGGCCCUUGCUGCCCGUGACAACGACCGGGAGGCACUUGAGGGUCGGGUCUCCGUCUCCGAGAAUCGCCCAGCGGACCUACGGAUCCUGGGGAGGUGGCUGCAGUGGCUCUGCGGAGACGCCUCACCGAAGCCGCCGCAUCCGCCGCAGGCUCCGGUGGUGCCACAGGUGGCAGAGCCGAAGCUGACCUUGAUUGUUUGUCCCGCUCAUCUGGUUCGCCAGUGGCAGCAGGAGCUGCAAGGCCAAGGCGCUGUCGAUACAGAGGUCACGGACUAUGAGUCUGUGGAGCACAUCAUGUUCGAAGCUAGCAAGUGGAAGCGGCUUGUGAUUGACGAGCCGCAGGACUGUCCUGCGUCGGAGAACUGGCAGUCUUUGCUGGCUCUUGCGGAUGGGUUUCGCGAUGACGGAGCCGCUAUCUGGCUGCUUUGCGGCACUGCUCCCUCCCAGCUGGAGUCCAUAGGGCCACUGCUGCUGGGCCGGCGGAACUGGCACGUGGCCUGGCGCCAAUCCGAGUGGACAGGCUUCCCACAGCUGGCUCAUCUCAUCCGGACGCGUUUCCUGGCGGAUCCUCCCUGGGCCUGCCUGCCACGGCCGACCCUGCAGUGGCACAACGAGCCCGUGGUGCUCCGGCCCCGGGAAAGCACCGACGCUGCAGUGGCCAACCUCGCCGGCUUCGUCCUGGACAGUGUCCUGCUCCUUUCCUUCGGGGCCGGCACAGCCUUCGCGGCAGCUCAGGAGAGAGAUCAGCUGCUGCUGCAGAUGGGAUGGUACAACUGCGUGGGCACGUCCCUGCUUCCACCCGCCGAGCAUGCAUUGGCGGACUGGGAGGGUACCGUGGCCCAGCGCAGCCAGCAGAAGCUGGAGAAGCUGGCAGAGGACAUUGCGAAGCUGGAGGCAACCGAGAACCAGCAGGGCCUGCGCUACCAGUUGGCAGGGGGGGACGCUGCCAUGGCUCCAGACCUCUCCUUUCUUGCAGUGGAGACGGUGCGCGUCCAUCUGGAAGGAAUGCAAGACGGCCCAGUGUCCGAAUCUGCGUGCGCUGCCGAGUGGAACGCCCUCCUCCCGAGCCGGAGCUACGAAGGCGCGGUGGCACGGGGAGUCGGCGAAGCGGGCUGCAUCGCCUUGUACGAUGAGCCAGCGGAUGGCGAUUUUGCGGCAGCCGCUACCUCUGCGCAGGCCGCAGGUGCCAUCGCCGUGAUCUUCGCUGCUGCAGAGUUAGAGAGACCUUUCGGCUACCCUCAUGAGAGAGCGCCACCAGGCAUCCCGGCAUGCAUGGUGAGCCGUCGCCUGGCACACGCUCUCUUCUCCACCGUGGCCGCCAACCGGCCAGUCAGGGCGAGAGUGCUGCUGCUUGCGCAGGAGAGCCCGGAGGAAGACAAAGACGUCGAGGAAGGCCUGGUCUCGGCCUUCAUCGCAGAUGAUGCUGUUGACACCGCCCUACACAGACAGCUCAAGGCUUUGCGGGGCGAGCGGGAGCGCUGCGAGCGCUCCCUCCGAUUCGCGAGACAGAUGCGGGCGCUCCUCGAGAGGAACGAGGCUCAUUGCCCCGUCUGCUUCCAGUCUGGAGCAGAGACGGAAGCUUUUGCGGUUCUCCCCGACUGUUUCCACAUUCUCUGUCGCGCCUGCCUUGAGCAGCAGGCCGGCAUGGAUCCAACUUUUGGCUGUCCUAUGUGCCGCACAUCCGUGUUUCGUUUGGACGUGGUCGUCUUUCGCGCACCUGGCAGGCCAGAGCCUCCAGUGGACGAGGAUGACGAAGACCCGACGACGGUGAAGACUUGCUGCGGUGAUGCCGAAGACUGCAGUUGUGAAGGGCAGGGGCUAGAGGUAGCUUCUGUGCAGCGCGAGGUGCUGCCAUCCAAGCUGCAACGCUUGCUGUCGCUGCUCAGGGAGCUGCUGGCUUCUGGGCCGGAGGAGCGGGUGCUUGUCUACACGCAGUGGGCCACACAUGUGGUCUAUUUGCGAGAGGUGCUGCAGCAGCAGGGUGUGCCAGCCUUGGCCCUGGUCGGUGAGCUGCGAGACACCAUGGACGUCCUGAGUCGUUUUGGCAGCCCCGACGAGCCGAGGGUGCUCCUCCUCUCUAGCCAGCGACAUUCUUCAGGCAUCAACUUGCAGAUGGCUCGGCACGUGGUGAUUGUGCAUCCUUAUUGCCAGCACGCCGACCGCCACCAGCCAGGACGGAAAACUGUGCACGUAACAUUGCAGGGAGGAGAGUUUCGCCGUUUGACCUUUGCCUUCCGAGCCAAUGCCAGGUCCACCGCUUGUUUGCGGUGGGAUCUGUGGAAGAAGAGCUUUACGCUGGAAGGUGAACCUGCCUUCGAUUUCAUGGCUUCCUUGGCUGCCCUCCGCAGUCUGCGCUUCCCCAACCUACCAAAGAAGAGCUUCACAAGAGAGGCCGAGGGGAACAUCGCUGAGCUGCAAAAUGGCAAGAUCUGCGCGGUUCGGCGCUUUACAGAGGCGCUCGUCCUUGACCUGGAUGAGACGCUGGCCCCCCUGCGCUUCAAUUUCUCGUGCCGUUGGGCAUCUGCGACAUCCAUGAAGUGUGGGCCAGUUGACUUCCGCGUGCCCAUCGAAGUGGGAGCUCUGCCGAAGGCCACGACGUUCGACUGUGGAGUCGCUCUGCGCCCGGGCGUGGAGAGCUUCAUGGAGUGGAUCAAGGAGCUUCAUGGAGUGGAUGUGAGCUUGCACAAGCGCAGGUCGUCGUACUUGCGGGUUUGCGUCGUGAUUCUCGGAGCUGCAUUCAGUACUGGCUUUUGCCGGAAAGAGCUCCGGUACCGCAAACUGGUUUUGGGAACUGGCGGAAGGGACGUGCAUUCGCAACCACCGCCGAAGGACUCCUUACCACUGCUAGGCCACCUUGACCUCACCGUACCAAAACUAGUGGAUGCGAAGGACUACUGGAUCAAUGGUCUAGGAGCCCUUGAGAACUACAAAGAAUCCUCGGGUGAGCUUUGGGCACACCUGGGACCCUCGCAGAUUCGCAUGAGCGAGGGCAGCAUUCGCAAGUGGCCUGGAGAGAUUCGAGUCUGGGUGGAGGACAUUCGAACGGACAUGCUCAACAUGUUGGGACGUACCCUGGACACGAAACUGGUCGCUGAGAUGCGAGAAGCCACCACCGGCGGCGAAUAUGCGGCGCUGCUGCAUGACCCUGGCCAUGUCAACAAGGUCCAAGCCAGCGAGGCACCUUCGGGUUGGGCGGAAGCGAUUCGGGCUAUUCCAUCUGGGCUGAGCGGCGAGGUCCGCAAAAAGAACGCUCUGGCUCUGUCCGAAGCGGUAGUUUUGCUGCCAAAGCGAGAACAGAUCCAAGGCGUCGCGCGCUUCUACGACCACUUCAUUGGCUCGGCCAUCACGAAGAAGUAUCAGGUCUACGAGGCGCAGGCGUUGAUGGACAUUUGCAUGGUGCACUUUGCGCCGGGUGCGAAGCUGCACCAGACAUUGACUUACAAGGCAGACAAGACAGCCGUGAUUCCGGGCAGCCUGGCUUCCGUUUGCAUUUACCUGAAGGACCACGUGCAGUUCCACUUGGUAUACGCCAAGUCCAAGGCUGCCGGGAUCCUGAGACCAGACGAUGCAAAGAAAAGCUGGGAAGAGGUCGAGUCUGCGCACGAGUAUACGAUUGAAGGCGUUCUCGACCCUCAGAGCCAUUCCAUGGUCAUCGCCUUGAACCACGUGAUUAGAUCCCUGGACUUGUUAUGGUGCGCACGAGUAGGACGGACACCGCUUGCAGGUCCAUGGAUCUACACGACCUCCACUCCAAAUUAUACAAAGGCCCUGAUGCGUCACGUGGAUCCCGGCGGCCGUGUCUUCGCGAUGCGUGUCCUAACCAGGGAGAAGUGCAAGCCAUGUGCGAUUCCAGGAUUCCUCCUGAAGGAAAUGUCUCAGAUCCCGUCGAAACAUGACGCGGAUGAUGCCACUGAGCAGCAGCUUCUUCAACGCCGAGUGCUAAUUGACAACAGCCCGGUGUCCUGCGUUCUGCAUCCCAACGGAUCUGUCUUGGUCCGUGAUUGGUUGGGUGAGGGCACCGAGGACGACGAGUUGCCUCGCGUGCAGCGCCUGCUGGAGGCCGUCCUUGAAGAUGACGGCGAGAGUGAGGCUGACUAUGCCGCCCGUUUGGUUCGACAUACAGCCGGGCACGGCAGCUGGAGUGCACGUUUGAAGGCACUGAGUGGCCUCCUCGAGUCGCAGGCCCCAAUGGAGGCAUCUUUGCGGCCUGCAUGA